AUGUCUCACAUCAGACAUGCUGCAGGUGCGACAGUUGCUCGUCUGACUUAUGGUUAUACCCCCAAAGAAGAGGGGGACGAAUAUAUUAGUAUUGCCGAGAGAGCCAUGGACAAUUUUGCCCUGGCAACAACUCCUGGGUUAUUUAUUGUGGAUAUUUUUCCACUACUGAAAUACAUCCCAUGGGCUCCUUUCAAACGAACCGCCUCUGAAUGGCGUAGUGAGCUUUCGGAGCUCAUCGAUACCCCGAUGACGUUUAGCCGGGGCCUUGCCGAGCCGUCGUUUGCUUCCAAGUGGCUAGGAGAACUUCGUUAUGAAAGUCAAAAAGCGCACAUCCCAGUGGCUGCAGCAUCGUUGUAUGCAGGGGGUGCUGACACAACUGUAUCGGCUAUUUCAACUUUUUUUGUAGCCAUGCUUCAUUAUUCUGAAGUACAAAAGCUUGCCCAGAAGGAGAUCGACGCUGUCAUCGGCAGGGACCGACUACCUACGUUGGCUGAUCGGGACCUCUUGCCUUACGUAGAAGCAUUAUAUAAAGAAGUCUUACGAUGGCAGCCGCUUGGACCAAUAGGUAUACCUCAUAGACUCGGGUCAGACAUUGAUGAUGAAUAUAAAGGUAUGCGUAUUCCGGCUAACGCAAUGGUUAUUGCAAAUAUUUGGAACAUGGUCCGAGAUCCGGCAGUCUAUCACGACCCAGAGACUUUUAACCCCUCUCGCUAUUUGGGGCCGGAGUCGGAAUCUAACCCAGAGGACGUCGUAUUUGGAUUCGGUAGGCGUCGCUGUCCUGGGAUCAAUGUGGCCAGGUCAUCGGUUUGGUUUUCCAUUGCACUCACAUUGGCCGCCUAUGAUGUGACGCCAUCGAUUGGAGACGAUGGGAACCCGAUUUUACCUGCACUGGAAUACUCGAAUGCGACUAUCAGGCAUCCGAAGCCGUUCCAGUGCACCAUCACUCCGCGAUCGGAGACGUUGAAGACAAUAAUUGAGACUAUGUCACUAUGA